AUGGCCAACAAUAACAGGACGAGCACGCUGUCUGCCCUGCUCCUGCUGCCCCCACCUCCGCAACCUCCCUCCCCCGCUACGCUCGCCGCCGCCUAUCGCCUUCCGCUCGACGCCGCCUUGCGAAGACUCCAGCGCCUCGCAGCCCGCUCUUCCACACGGGCGUCUUGCGACAUUGCGCUUCCAUUCCCCGGCUAUACCCUAGGACAAGGCCAACGCACAUUCUCUGGAUGCGAAGAAAAUGUCCUUCACUCCAUCCAGGACUUACUGUUGAACACUUACGCGCUCAUCUACUCACUGUUAGGAUGUAACGAGCAAAGACAGCAAGAGUUGCUUUCUGGAGAUACAUCCUUGCUAGACAAAUCCAACAUCAAUCGUGUGGAUAUCCGCAUCAUUCUCCUAGGCUACGACCAAGGGUUUAAUUACGACUCCCUCGUCCGCCCAGCCCGCGCCAUCCCAUCAUGCAUUGUCGACUUAUCUAUCCUCGCGCUCUGUGACAAGAAAUGGUCCCAUCUAUACGUAACGGAGGGGGAGCCUGGAGAGCGGCUGUACCGUCAGUUCAGGGCACUGGUGAACGGCAGUCUCUCGGCCCGCGUGGGUGGAACCUGGGAGGUGGAGCGGGUACCUGGCGGGAUGAGUUUUAACAUGCGGCAGAAAUCGCAAAUUUUAUCAAGCGUGACAGCACCGCCAUUGCCAGAUGCACAUGCCCUGGCCACCAAGUUAGCAGGGCAACGGGUCCUGGUUAUUGGAAGGGAAGCGGAGCGGAACGAGAAGAGUGCAAAUCCGGUAUUGGAAGGUUUAAACCAGAAGCUCCAGUUAACCAUUGGGCUAUUGCUCGCUGAGUUCUACGGCAGCGCCAGCCCAUCAGAGUAUCCGAACCCAGAUGAUGAGAGCGACCCAGCCCCGCCACUUCCUUCGAAUCCUGCAGCUCUAGAAGUGACCCAAUUUUUCCAAUCGAUCGUUGACUGGCGUAUUGCAGGCGAUCGAUUCUCGAAAACUCAACCGGCCGGAAGCAUGCUACGUUUCUACAGCAAUGUCGAUGGCUCGUUUAUAAUCAGCCCUUGGAAUAUGAUUUACGUCACCGACGCUCCAAAACAACUGAAACGAAUCCUUGGUGGCAACGAGGAGGACGGUGAUGGCCACUUGGAAUACACGGUAGUCUCGGGUGCAUCGCAGAAUGAUUCUCUGGUAAAUCUCCUUCAGCCAUGGAAUGACAAAUGCCGGAUGGUAGUUUGCGAAGAUCUUGCAGCAUCGAUCGAGUCUGAUGAACUUCAUCAGGCCGACACGCUCUGUAAGAACUGA